AUGGGGCUGCAGCGGCGUUCUAGCGCGUCAGGGAUGUUCGCUGAGGCGCGGGUCGACUGCUUCUACACCAAAAUGCGUAAACGAUGCACAUCACUGACUCGUAGGAUCCGCGCCAGCAACAGUAUCCUGAGCAUGAUUCCGUGCCGCAAGGAGGAGGGGCGGCGCGUGGAUGGCACGUGCGUCAACCCCAAGUACCCGUCGCGCGGUGCAUCGCCCACGCCACUCUUGCGCAUGCUGCCCGCCAAAUAUGGAAUUGGUAACUCCAUCCGUCCAGCUAGGAACGGCUCCGAGCUCCCGUCAGCGCGGCUCCUUCGCACCAAGAUCCUCGCCGACGGUUACCCUGAAGACCACCACUGGAGCACCCUGGCCACACACUACUUCGUACACUCCAUCGUCGAUUCCGUUGAUCUCACCAUCUUGCUUCGAUACGCAAUAGUGAGUGACUGCUGUGUUGGCAAUAUCCCCAACACCGUGGAUCCGACGUGUAUACCGAUCCCGGUCCCCGGCGACGAUCCGUACCUCCGCCGGACCGGGAUACGAUGCAUGAACCUCACCCGGUUCACCACAUUCCAGGAGGUUGGCUGCAUCCCACGUACACUGCCAGCGGAGAGGAUAUCACUUCCGACCCCACUGCUGGACCUGUCAAUCGUGUACGGCUUCACUGCGCAACGAGAGAGGGAGAUCAGGACGUACCAGGGAGGUCGCAUUAGAUCGAACGUGAGGAACGGCAUAGAGUAUCCCCCAGGCACAUCUCCCUUCUGUGUCCAGAACAGAAGACCUAUCGAAAAUGCUUGCUAUGAAUUUGGUGAUUCGUACGACGGAAACGUCCUAACAGGCAUCACGCUGGUCGGACUGUGGUUCUACCGCGAGCACAAUCGUCUGGCUCGCAACCUGGCGCGCAUCAACCCCUGCUGGGAAGACCAGCAGCUGUUCGAGGUAGCUCGCCAGAUCAAUAUAGCUCAGUGGCAGAAGAGCCUCUACUACGAACUCUACGCCGGUUUCAUGGGAUGGGAGAACGCCAAGAAGGUCGGGGUAAUAUACGAUACGCACGAUUUCGUCAACGACUUCGACGAGAGCUUCAAGCCUGGCGUGUUCCACGAGUACGUGAUCGGCACGCGCUGGUUCCACGUCUUCCAGGAUGGACGAUUGGAUUUAUAUGACAACAUGGGCAAGUACCUCGGCACCCGCACCACGGUAGACGACGAGUACCGCAGCGGCAUCUUAGAAGUCAAUAACACAGAGGCGGUCUUGACACAGGGAAGCUUCCGCCAGCCAUCACAUAAAGUGGGAUACACCAUGGAUCCUGAUUUGGCGGAACGUCUGUUUGGUGAGCUACAAGCAGCAUCAGAUCUACCAGCAAUAGACAUCCAGCGAGGCCGGGACGCUGGCCUUCCACCGUACAACGAGUACAGGAAGAUCUGCGGGCUCAAAGUCGCUCGCGACUGGGACGAUUUGAAAGAAGACAUCAAAUUUGAUAAAUUGAAGCAACUGAAGCGCAUCUACGAAGACGUGGAUGAUCUGGAAGUGAUGCCGGCGAUAUAUUCGGAGAAGUGGCUCAAGGGUGCGCAGGUGGGACCGGUGCUCUUUUGCAUCAUGACGCAAAACCUCGUGCAGUGGCGACGCUCCGACCGCUACUUCUUCGAGCAUGGAGACAUCCCUGCUUCGCUUACUUUGCCUCAAUUGAACGAGAUCAGGAAGUGGACGUCGGCGAGGCUGCUCUGCGACAAUGCUGACAAAGUGGACAUGAUUCAACGCAAAGCCUUGAUGAAACCCAGCAAAGACAACGAAAUAGUAUCCUGCAAGAAAAUCCCAAGUGUCGACCUCCAUAAAUGGGAAGACCACAAAUGUGAAAAGAAGAGUGGAAAAAAACAGCCGAAAGGAGAGGAUUUUGUAGAAGUUACUUAUGGCAAGAAGUAG